GAGCGGCGCAGGAGCAUUGGCUCGCCCAUGGCCCCCCGAGACGCAGAAAACACACUGGCCACGCCGCGGGCGCUCUCCAAGGGCGCGGCGUCGUCGACCGUGUCAAUUGCAAGCAGCAACGACGACACCAUGUCCAAGGCGGGCGACGGCGCGACGGACCGCCUCAAGAGCCGCCAGAACUCGGAAGACGGGCGCAGCGACGCGUCGUCGUCGCACCGCCGGCGCAUGUCGAAGCUGUUCAAGCCUCGCAAGAAGCGGCGGGCGUCGCUCUCGGCAUCCGUGUCGGCCUCUGGUAGCCAUGACGACCUGUUGCAGGCGGACCCUGACGAGCCUGUCCCGCCCGUUCCUGAGCUGAGGCGGCCGGACAUGGGCCAGCCAUACCAGAGCGACGACUCGCUGGGCCUCGCAAAGAGCGUCACCAGCAGCCUGCUCACCGACGACUCGGACGCCGAAACCCCACCAUCACAACCUCCGCUCAAGCGCCCCGGCAUAUCGCCGCAUCAAUCGCAUGCCGGCCUCCUGACGCUUUCGUCGCCCCUGAUCGCCUCCGAGACGCUCGAUUCCACCGAUUCCGCCAAUGCUACGCUCGUGAAUUCCCUUGCAUCCACCCAAGACGUCAGUGGCCGCAGCGCUAGCACCGGUGACGUUCCUGUCGCCAAGCGGGGAGUGUCGCCUGUCGGAAAGCUCAAAGAAGCAUUUGCCCCCAGCCGAAAGUCGACGGCCCCUGUUGCCUCCAAGGCUGGCGCUGAGACGGACACUGCGAGGCCAAGCACAAGCGGCGGAAUCGGCUCACUGUUUGGGGGGAAAAAGCGCGAAGCCAAAGCCGUCGACGAGCCUCUGCCAGCCUCACCACCGCAAAUCGUCAUCGGCAGACAGUCGCCAUCGAGUUCAUCGCCUAGAGCGCCGCCGCCCCAACGUAUUGUUACCGCCAAUCUACCCGCAACGCCUCCUAAUCUAGUCGAUGCACCUACGACCUUCAUAACUCCACCUACACCCACGGACGGAAACGCCACUUCGCCUACAGCGCCCAAGUCUCCGCCUGUGCAGUCAAAUCCAAAUAUCGUCGUGUCCCCUUCGGGGAACAUGAUAUCGCACCGACGCGCGAGAUCAGCAACAAAUCCUCCGAGCAAGCUAUCUCAAUCGUCCAUCCCGCCUCUAACGCCUCAUCUCGAAGAGACAAAAACCCCUGGAGGGACUGCUGUCUUGCCUCAAUCUGCUGGUGGCUCUGGUUUCUUCGCUUCCAUAUUCUCUGCCGCGCAGAACGCUGCUAAUAAUUUAACUGACACCAUCAACAUCAACCAAAACACAAAGCACAAGGCUAGCCAACAACUGCAAAAGGACGACAAGGAAACGGCAGACGGUGGCGAGGAGGUGAUUGGACCAAUCAACGCCGAUACAACUGCAGCGCAAGGCACUGAACAGCGUAGGCCAGCCAUCGAGACUUUGGGUUCUGGGAAUCUGAGUCUUGAACAACUUGGCAUUUCCGAUAACACGGAAUCCGGCUCCGUAUCUUCGACGAUAACCUUAGCCAUGCAGACAGACGAGGCCUCGGCCAAGGUCGAGGACAGGGCGGCUGCCCAGGCUGUUUCUGCCGCAUACGCAGGCGAAAAGGCUCCAUCGGUAUCCAGUGAGCGCCCGCGGUCGGCAACGGCCGUGUCUGGGCAAUCGGGCAAUGGCGCGGCCUCUCCUCCCCGACAAGCAGAGCUUACCGAUUCGCCGGCAUCUGUAGGACGACAAGGCAGUGUGCGCAGUCGCAUAAGCGCCGGCAGGCGGAGACGGCAUAGAGGCAGCUCUACAGGAAACACGCUGAAUGGAAUCGCUAGCGCAAGCACGAGUACGCUAGCCCCAAGUGCAGCACUGCAGAGCCAGCGCCUGAAUGGAACCGGUUUUGCAGUCGCACCGCCAAAACGAAACAAGGACUUUCACAAUCUUUUCAAGAGUGUUCCCGAGGACGACUACCUGAUUGAGGACUAUAGCGCUGCCCUCCAAAAGGAAAUUCUGCUCCACGGACGGUUGUAUGUUUCAGAAGGUCAUCUCUGCUUUUCCAGUAACAUCCUGGGAUGGGUCACCAACCUGGUCAUUAGCUUCGAUGAGGUUGUGUCUGUUGAGAAGAAGUCGACUGCGGUCCUUUUCCCGAAUGCCAUCGUCAUCCAGACUCUCCAUGCGCGCAAUGUCUUUGCAUCGUUCCUGUCUCGAGACUCGACCUACGACCUGAUUAUCGGCAUAUGGAAGAUAUCGCACCCCAACCUCAAGUCGUCUCUGAACGGUGUGACCCUGGACGGAUCGGGAGGCACAGGCGACAAGACUGAAAAGGCAGAAUCGGUUCCUAGUGAAGACGGAUCCAGUCAAGACUCAGACGACGAGGUGUACGACGAAGAUGCCGAAGACGACGAUGGCGUUGGCAGUUUUAUCGAGGCGGGCGAGGGUAGUGUCACUGGCAGUGAAGCUGGUUCUGUGGCUGCGGACACGACCCGAAAGGUCAGUGGUGCCGUAUCACAGGCUUACGGUGGCGGUGGAGACACUGCCGAUGCAGCGAAAGCUGCCGCAGCAGGUGGCGCUGCUGCUGCACAAGAUUUCCCUGGCUCGGUUGCCCACGCACCUACCGAGUGUGGUGACAAUGACCAACAUUACGAUAAGCUACUCAUCGACACUACAAUUCAGGCACCCCUGGGCAAGGUCUACAGCUUGAUGUUUGGGCCUGCUUCUGGCGUCUUCAUGCGCAAGUGGUUAGUCGAAGACCAAAAGUCUGCCGACCUCCAAAUGGAGGACGAUAAGAAGGGCUUGGGCGAAGACACCAAAACUUUCAACUAUUCAUACAUCAAGCCGCUGAAUGCGCCUGUUGGGCCAAAGCAAACCAAGUGCAACAUCUCGAUGACCCUGGAACAAUUCGACUUGGAAAAAGCUAUUAGUGUUCAAUGCAGCACAUCAACUCCGGAUGUACCCAAUGGAAGCAUUUUCCUCACCAAGACGAGAUACUGUCUGAUGUGGGGACCGGGAAACAGCACGCGGCUCAUCAUGACCUUUACCGUCGAAUGGAGCGGAAAGAGUUGGCUGAAAGGUCCUAUUGAGAAAGGUGCAAACGACGGCCAGAUGUCGUACGCAACCUCUCUCACCGCUGCUCUCCGCACCGCUGUAAGUGCCGCUAAAGCUGGUGCAUCGAAACCGGGCAAGGGGGGGAAGGGCAAGAAACGCUCCAAGGGCAACCUCCUGGACGAUGCUCCUGCGCCCACCUCAGCCCCUACGCCCGUCAGCCAAGCCCAGGAAAGCAACUGGGGCAUGCUGGAGCCUGUGCGCAGUUUAUUAGGCCCAGUCGCCGAUAUUCUCGAGUCUAUCAUCACUCCGCAAAUGAUUAUCUGGUUUCUGGCUGGUCUUUUGUUGUACACAUGGCUUUUCCGCGGUUCUACCGGAGUCACUGGCCCCAACCAAUGGUCACAUGCCCAACGACAGGUGGCCUACGAACAGAUUUGGCGUCAUGAAGAGUCGGAGCUGUGGGACUGGCUUGAAGAGAGGGUCGCCCUGGACAGAAUCCAGCAUACCGUGACUGCCACAAGGUUCCAGCCCGAAGCCGACAUGCAACAUCACAUUUCCCCCAGAGACAUGAAAGACCAAGACAUGGACGAAGCCAUCCGCGUAACCGAAGAGCGAUUAAGAGCACUAAAAGACGCUGUCGUCCGCCGACGAUCCGAGUCCCGCACCAUGAGCCCAAAGGAGAAGGAGACAUGAAGAGUGUGAAUAAGUGACACUUUGUGAGGAGUACA